AUGGCAUUCACUAUUCGUCAGAUUCGGGUGAUUUAUUUGUGCGAUGUGAAAAAAAAAACUGUCGGGUUUUCAGAUCGGUGUUCAAAGAAGACUUUUUCAGCAGAAGCGUCUUGUUAGCGAAGUGAAGUUCACGAUACCUGUGAGCCCUCUAUCAAGGAUCGACCCAGAGUAAUUCUCUGUUUUCAGCCCUUCAAACUCCACAAGAUCAAAAAUGGUCCAAGUACCACAGUGACUUUGAAGAAAGAUGAAGCUCUCCAGAUUUACGACAACAUGAAGGUUAUUUGAGCCGUCUUGCGAUGACCAUCCCGGAAUUCCAGAUGAUCCGCGAGAUGGAAGACGCGGGAAUGAAGCUCUACAAGGAAAAGAAGAUUCACGGCUUCUGCCACCUCUACUCAGGCCAAGAAGCGAGCGCCGUCGGCUUCAACUCGGCGAUGGACGUCGACGACGCCGCGACGACGUCCUACCGCUGCCAUGGCUGGGCCUAUCUGCUUGGAGCGACCGUAACGGAGAUUCUCGCUGAAAUGACCGGUUCUCGACCCAUUUUUCCCUCUUAAUGAACUGGUAUGGUAGGGAAGGUAUCGGGAAUCGCGAACGGAAAAGGAGGAUCCAUGCACAUGCACACGAAAAGGUUCUUCGGAGGCAAUGCCAUCGUCGGUUCCCAGACUUCACUGGGCACCGGAGUCGCAUUUUCUUUCAAAUACCGGUUUUCCAGUUUUCAUUCACUUCAAGAUAUUGAUAAUCUCAGGAAUAUGAAGAACGUGGCGGUGACUUGCUUCAGCGACGGCUCCGCCAAUCAAGGACAACUCUACGAGUCGAUGAACAUGGCGCAGUUGUGGAAGCUGCCGGUCGUCUACGUGUGUGAGAACAACGGCUGGGCGAUGACCACCAAGUCCAACAAGUCGGCUGCUCAGCCCGACUACUACACAAGGCAGGCCGUCGUUUCUGCUGAAUUAGAUGAAAACGCUUCAGAGGCGACUACAUUCCUGGAAUCCGUGUGGAUGCCAGAGACGUCCUGGCCACGCGCGAAGCCUUGCGUUGGGCCAAAGAGCAUUGCAACGCCGGACGAGGUCCCGUCCUUCUGGAGAGCGUCAUGUUCCGCUUCUACGGCCAUUCCAUGGGUCAUCCAUCUCUCGAGUUUGUCUUCUUGUCUUCUGCCGUUGAUUUUUCCUUUCCAGGCCAUUCACUCCUGAAGAACUCGAAGGAAUCCGCCGUGAUCACGAUCCGAUUCUCCUUUUCAAAAAGCGCAUCAUCGAUGCUAAACUUGUCAAUGAAGCUGAAAUCGCAGCUAUCGACGCGGUUCACCUGAAUCAUUGUUCUCGAAGUAAUCUUCUUUCAGAAUGUGCGGAAAGUUGUGGACAAAGCGGUGGUUGCUGCAACGACAGAUAAGGAGCUGCCUGAGGAGGCCGUAUAUGCCGACGUCUACCACAACACUGCUCCGUUUAGAGUUGCCUUCGGUUGAGACUCAAAAAAAGACAGAAGAAACUUUCAGAUGCAAGGAUUGACUUCCCGUGACUACAUUGUCCCAAAGUACACUACCACUAGAGAAAUUAUCAAGUCUCAGAAAUGA